GUCUCGGCCACAGCCACCACCGCCGCUGCCCAUGCUCCUCGCUUCCGUAUUACUUUCUAGUUUGUUCAUGUAACGGGUAUUUAUAGAUAAAUAAUCACCUCUUAAUCCUUAUUAUCUAUGUCCAAUACAGUGGUGCUGAUUUCAAUAAAGCCGUUUAAAAAUGUAAUUGCAAAUCUUAAACUUUUCAAAUGACUUCCUUCUUCUUGCAGCAGAUAAUAGUGCUUCCUAGAUCUUAGCUUUUGCUGCUAAAGAUCACAAAACUCAUUUUAGCGUCUGGGCGACUCAACUUCUUAUUCAUCAAAUAUCACUAACACCUACCAAAUAUCACUAGAAUCUCUGGUAACUUAAACUAAGUAACAUCGAUAUUGAUAUGGCAAUAUAAAAUGGAUCUGAAUAAGAUGGCAUCUGAUAAAAAAGUUUUCUCUGAUCAGACCCUUAAUUCGUUAGGAUUUCAGCCCCUUCUCUUAAGCUCGAAAUUUGCUAGCAAUUUUGUGGGGUCCAUUUUCAUCUCUACACUUAUCCAAAUUGCUCAUGGAGCGCUCAUAGCAACCAAAAAGAAUAAACUAAAUAAAAAAAAAAAGCCACUACCGCAGAACUAAAUAAAAGGAAAAUGUUGGCCUUCAAUCUCCUCAACUCCCCUCGCACCAUUAAAACCCCUUCUUCUUCUUCUUCUUCUUUACCUCCUACUCAAACCUACUUCUUCGUCUCCUGCGCUCUCUCCUCUCCCUCUCCCCCAUCCUCGCGAGAAGAAGCCAUUUCCCAAGCCAGAACCUCCCUCUCCACCACCCUCCAAAAGCCCCUCAACAACCCCCUCCCCUCCCUCCCCACGCGCAAGCUCAAGAAGCAGAAGCAGCCCAGGUUCCGCGUCGAGAUCCCGCUCCUCGACGACUCCCCAUCCUCUCUCGCCCAGCUCGCCGCCGAGCUCUUCUCCGACGUGCUCAUCAUCAAAAAGGGCUCAAAACCACCAUGCAUCCUCAUCCUCUGGCCCUCCCCUGCUCUUCUACAAUGCGCCCACCAGGUGUUCGACGCAAUGCCCAGCUCCGUUGUCAACUCGGACGUGGCCUCUGUUAUCCCGGAGCAACUCGGCCCCGCGGAUUUCGUUGUGUUCUCGGCGCCGGAGCGAACCCAGUUGGAGGAGAUUAGGGCCAUCACCAAUGCUUUGUACCCAAAACCCGCGAUUUUGUUCAACCCAAAAUGGGCUUUUGAGGAGGAGAAGGACUUUGGUGGGGGACUGGGGAGCUUCGUUGGGUCCUUUGAUGUGGUGUAUUCCUUCAUGGGCUUGGAGGUGAGGGGGAUCCUGAGCAAGAGGAAAGGCGUGGUUUUGAGGUUUGUGAAGGAUGGGGUGUUGAGUGGGGAAGGUUGGGUGGUGAUGGUGGAGGAGGAAGGGGAGCAGAAGAAGAAGGGGGAGAUGAGGGUGGUUUCAAGGUUUAAGAAGCGGCCGUCGAUCGGCGAGGUUGAGAGCGUUCUCUAUAACCUCAUGGCGGCGAAUUCGCCCGUGACGAAGUCGGUGAAGUUCCUCAGAGACUUAGCUUCCAAUGCCGUCACCGGAAAGAAGCCGAAGCAGGGAACAACGAUCGUGGAGCAGAGUGUGAUGGAUACUGCCAUGACGUGUUACACGAGUCUGCUAGCCGAGGAGACAAGACGAGGUCGUCAAGAUGUGCUGUGAUGGAGUGGGUGGUCGUGUCUUUCUCCUUUUUGGGAAUAGAAGUAGGCGCCGAUGCUGCUUUGUUUUCAGGCGUUGGACGCAGAUAUGAGAUAUAGGGGUAGUAGUAGCUGCAUUUGUCCCAUUCUCUGUUGUAAUAGUAGCAUGCUGUGUCGCCCAUGGUGAGUCCAGAAUACGUAUAGAGGGUAGACGGAUAGCUGGUAUAGUGAGGAAAGUUGAUAGGGGGGUAGCUGGAGAAGCGAGAAAGGUAAAGUUAAAAAGAUAAAUUAGACAUUUAUGUAGGAUUUGUCACAGUAAGAAACUUUGUAAUGUAAGCAGAGAUCGACCCAACUGGCCUUUCUAUAAUGAAUGGGGCAGUGUUUGGUUGCAUGUAGAAGAACUCAAAAGUAGUUUUUAGCCUGAAAAGUAGUUUUCCGCAUAUUUGAUUGCAUGUAUUUUAGGAAAAACCAUCUUCAAUAGUUUUAUGCAACCCAGCAUACUCACCGUAGGAUGCAGAUCGUGAUUCAGGUGGGUGCGCUUUUUCGUCGUCAUCUAAUUAACAUCAACAUAACAAACAUAAUAGUAAUAUAGCAUGAUUACUCUAGCAGUUAUUCUGUAUCAUCUUGAAGUGGAACGUAGAACUCUUACGUAAGUUGAACGAAAUCUGGAGCUGCGUCUUAUCGUAAAGAGUAAACAUGAUAAGCAUUGCGAUUUAUCGACGCGCAAUAUGAAUCAUAUAAUCAUAUGAUAAACAAUGAAAGUGCAUGAAACAAAAGUAAAAGUUACCUCACGGGGGGAUACAAAUUGGAGGCCUCCAUGGUGUGGGGGGUGUUCUCCUGCAUCGUAGGGUUCAUCAGUGUUAACAAUAGACACAAAAGAAAUUGGAGCAAUAGAGUAAAACCCUUAAUUAAUGUGUGUGUGUGUGUAUAUAUAUAAUGUAAUAUGGAUGAGAGAAAAGGGAGCGGGGUUUGUUACAAAAUGAGAUUUUUUUGGAUUUGUUCAGUGGGAGUUAUUUCAAACAAAAUUUGUUGGAUCACUUUGAAGGGAUUAUUUUGCCUUUUGAAAAUGUUUUGUUUUGAUUCAUUUAAUUUGAUUCGUUUUUGUAAUAUUUAGUAAUCAUUGGCUACACCUGGUAAGUUCAUAUUGAAUAGAACAAAAUUUGUGUUUGGACUUAUACUCAGCUGUGUCAUUACGAACUAUAUCUUUAGUUCUUAACCUAGUCUUUUUAAUCUCAAUCCAAAUAGAAUUUAGAGUUUAAUGAUUUGAACAAAUUAAUCAUAAUUUAACUAAAGUUUGCCAAAAUUAAAUUGGUGUUUCUCAAGUUGUUGCUCCGAGAUUUACUCCUAUAGAACUGCUUUUUCUCGAUUUUUUUGGCUACGUCGUUCAAAUUCCGCAAGAUUUGCGAGCUUUUAUUUAAAUUUUUUUUUUUUCUAAUCUGUGAAUGACACGUAUACUUACAAAAGAGAAAUGCUGAGAUACUAGUAUUAUUAUCUUGAAAUGAACGGAUAAUGGAAAAAUAAAUUAUCAUUUAUUUGUUGUAAAAAAUCAAAGCACGUGAUGAUGCCUAUAAUUAGGCUCAAUGUUUAGAUUGAAUUCAAAUGAGAUAUCCAUAGUUGAUUUUAUAAAUUCUAUAAAAUAAAAAAAAAAGGCUCCACCAGGAACUUUUUGUUUCCCUCUCUCUUUCUCUCUCUCAUAACCUUAGGGAUAUAUAAACUGGAGAAGCUAGAGCCUUGAACUUUUUGUUCAUUUUCAGGGCAUGUUUAGUUUGAAGUAUUUGAGACUUGAAAUGGAUCUGAAAUCAGGGACGCGAGUUCCAAAUUUUACAUAGCGACGUAUGAUCUCUCCUGACCCAAAUUAACAACAUUUUCUUCUACCGACUGUCUCUAGAGCAAGUGGCAAAGGGCUUGGUGGUUGGUAUUCGAAAUUCCAUGUUCAAAUCCUAGUUGAUUCACAUUUUCAGCUAAGUUUAUUUCUAAAUGAAAUAAACAAAGCGGAUAGCGUGCUACCUAUCUCUCUAAAAAACAAAACAACAUUCUCUUCUUCAUGAUUCCUCUCUUUCCACUACUGCUGCUACUCCAGUAGCCACCUCCCUCAAAAGGAGACCAAAACUCUACUUCAAUGAUCACACCCCAAUUAUCAACAAUCUAAAUACUACUAAAUUACAUUAAUCACUGCUGACACCUCCCUUUAAACUACUUCAGCAUAAAUUAAUUAACUACCAAGUAGUAGUAUGUCACAUUUGACUUGUAUAACAUGAUCAUCUCUUCUCCUCGUUCUAUAACUCUAACAACUCACGAAAAAACAACACAUAACGGUUCAAAGUCAACGCCCCUACGAAGCAUCCUCCCACCAUUUAAUUCCAUGCACCUUUUUUGAGUUCUCCAGCUUAUUCCUCAGAUACGACCUCUUCUUCUCCUUGAAACCUUCACAAAAUAAAAAAAAAACUGCUUACCUUCUACACUAUAUAACAUCUCCUCUUUCCCAUU